AAUAUUGUUAUUAUUGGUGUUCUCAAUUGAGGUCAACUAUGGCAACAUUCGUAAAUAAAAAAGUUAUCAUUUUCUCAAUUAAAAAAAUGGUGUAUUAUCUCGACAAAACGUGAGAAGCAGAAUAUGAGCUCCUCAUCAAUCGGGGUGGCCUUCCACCACUAUCUUGUUGAAAUUUAGCAACCAGAAACAUCGGACAUGCAUGCAUGAAUGCAAUUAUGCAAAACGCCUUCCUUCCCCGCUUCCCUCCUCAUAUCUCCAUUUCAAAAAAAAAAAAAAAAAAAACAGAACUAGAAAUUACCUAAUAAAUUAAAGUAUAUCAAAAUCCAAUAUAAAUUCAAUGCAAUAGUGAAUUUCAAGUUUCAAUUAGGUGGAAUAAUGCAUAUUUCACCACAGAAGAAGAUGUUUUGAAAUGGAGAGGAGUAAUUUACCGGGAAAAGCCAUGAGCUUUAGCAACACUGCUUUCUAUGGCGCCUCUGGCAGCCCAACAGCGCGUUUGUUCGUUACCCCCAGUAUCAGGAAGAGCGAUUUGGAUAGGCCGCCGCGCAUUGAGGAUGAUUCUUCCAAUAAUGCUACCGAAAAUGCCGAUCAAGUGUUUCAAGAUGUUGAUGAAUUCUUAGGAGUCCUGUCCGCCGCCGGAGAUGGCUCUACUCCGCCGGAUGUUCCCGACGCCGUCGAGCUCCUUUGCAAGAUUGUCGAGUCAAGGAUCGCUAAGUAUACUUCCGGGGAGAAUCGGAAUAAAUUUGGUAGGAUGAACGAAGAGGACGACUCAUUGAUAGACGCGGUCAUGCGGUUAUCGAGAUUGAGUAAUGCGUUACGACAGUUUCCGGCCGGGUCGACCGCCGCGUCGUCGAGCAACCGGAUCGGGACGGUGUUGCAGCUGGCGAUGGCGUUCAUGGAAGAAGAAUUGCCUAAUUUACUGGAUGAUUCCAGAAAUGGCGCCAAUUCCAAUGAUUGCAAAUUGUUUUUGUUCAAUGCCAAGGAUGAGAAUGCCGGUUCCGGCAGGGAAGAGAAGUAUCCGAGAUUUUCGCCGGAGGUUGUGACGAAAAUCGGUCGCAUCGCCACCGUCAUGAUCUCCGCAGGGUAUGAGAAUGAGUUCUGUGAGGCGUAUACGAUUUCGCGGAGAAAUGCGUUUUCUGAACAAAUGAAGAAAUUCGAUUACGAGAGGAUUAACGUGGAGGAUGUGCAGAGAAUGCAUUGGGAUACUCUGGAAGGGGAGAUCACGAGAUGGAUCGGAGUGGUGAAAUACUGCUCGGAAACCUUGUUUCCGGGAGAACGGAGACUCGCCGACUCCGUUUUCUCGGAACAUCUGUCGUUCUCCCUCAGUGUUUUCAGCAAUUUCGUUCGCGCGGCGGCGAUUCAGUUCAUCGACUUCGGGGAGGCGGUUUCGAUGACGAAACGCUCCGCCGAGAAGCUCUUCAAAUUCAUGGACAUAUACGAGAGAAUCCGCGAUCUCAUCUCGGCGAUCAGCGAGUCAUGCUCGGACGUCUGCCGGAACGAGAUCAAUCACGAGAUCGCCGCCGUGAGAGACAGAAUCGGAGAAGCAGUGGUGAGCGUAUUCUCCGAUCUCGAGAGCUCAAUCCGUAACGACAUCGCGAGAAUCCCGGUCCCAGGCGGAGCAGUUCACCCGCUCACGCGCUACGUCAUGAACUAUCUAGAAUACGCCUGCGAAUACAAAGACACCUUGGAGCACAUAUUCGAGAAAAUCUCCAAGCCGGAGCAACCAUCGCCGCCGGGCACCGACACUCCAUUUUCAACCCAGAUCAUCGCCGUGAUGGACCUCCUGGACGCAAAUCUGCAAACAAAGUCGAUGCUGUACCGCGAUCCCGCCCUGCGCGACAUUUUCCUGAUGAACAACGGCCGAUACAUUCUCCAGAAGGUGAAAGGCUGUCCGAAGAUCCGCAAACUGAUGGGCGACAACUGGUGCCGGAGAAGUUCGGGGAUCGUGCGGCAAUACCACAAGAACUAUCAGCGGGAGACGUGGGUGAGGUUGUUGAGAAUGUUGGGGCACGAGGGUUUACAGGUGAGCGGCAAAAUCGCAAAGUCGGUGAUGAAAGAGAGAUUCAAAAGUUUUACCAGUGCGUUCGAAGAGAUACACAAAACACAGAGCGCUUGGGUGGUCAGCGACGAGCAGCUCCGGUCGGAGCUUCGGGUUUCCGUAUCGGCGGUGGUCAUUCCGGCUUACCGCGCCUUCUUAGGGAGGUUUAGACAGUGCCUUGAUAAUUCAAAACAAGCUGAGAGAUACAUCAAGUAUCAACCGGAGGAUCUCGAGGCCAUGAUUGAAGGACUAUUUGAGGGCAAUAAUAAUAAUGCACCAAUAGCUAAAAAGAAGACAUGAUUUGAUGUGCUAUAACCUUAUUAUUGCCCACAACCUACCACUCGUCUCG